AUGUCUCAGAAGGUCGAUCAGCAUGCCGACACCGGCCCAGGCACGGCCACAGUCGCUGUGGCGCGGAGCGUUGACUUUUGGCGCUCAGACCGUGACCUGGUCCUCGAAACUACAGAAACACAGGGCAAUUGCACGGUGCACACCAUGUACGGCGUGCUCAAGAGCAUGCUCACUACGAUAUCCGAGUCCUUCAGGGACGCCUUCGAUGGCGGGCCUCAGGAUGCCUUUUUGAUAGGCCCCGACUCCUCUGGCACGUACGAGAAGUUGCCUGUGAUGCAUUUGACGGAUAAUGGCGAGGAUGUCGUGGAGUUUCUUCGCAUGACUCACUACGGAUGGUACCUAUCCAAACUCAAGCGCCUUGAGAGAGACCCCAGACACGGCCUUCUCCGAGUCCCAGGUGCCUACUACGGGCUUCUCAGGAUGGCACAGAAGUAUAUGGCGCACGAGUGCACUGUGGAGAUAGUCGAUACCUUCCACGAAGUAUGGCCCACCCAUCUACACACAUGGCUGAACAAAGAAACCGCCCGGCUUCGGAAGGUAUACGAGUCGGCGCCUGCCUCGCUCACCAACGCGCACCCUGACACGGAGACGGGAACGGAGCCAGAAGAAUGGGACCAAACCGAGCUACUCCCAGAUCCUAUCUCGACGUACAUCUUCGCCUCGCAGCACCACCCGCUACAAGGCAUCCUGCCCGCGGUCGCCUACGACAUCGCUCACUCGCACACCGUCUCCACUCCCCUCAACGACGGCGGCUUCCGACGACUGGACUUCACCCUUCUCAGCCCUCAAGACGCCGCGGACAUCCGCGCCGGUGCCGAAGUCCUGCGCCUAGACUGUAUCCGCAAACUCGACUUCGACCUCUUCGCGGGUAUCAGUCUCCGCCCGGACCGCUGUCUCUUCACACCCGGGGGCGCCGCGUACGCCGACGACCUGGCCUGCUUCGACGGGCUUCGGAAGUUCUGGGUGCUCUACGUCGUGCCGCUUGUCUCUCUCGCUCGGCCUAUUGACUUGUUGCGGUUCCCAACGGCUGAGGAGUGCUUGGAUCAUCUGGAGGACGUCUGUGAUGCGUGCGCGUCUGCGGUGAUCGACCAUCUUGAGAACGCGAAGUACAUGCUGUGGAUCAAGCUGCCGAUCUACUUCCGUCUCGUACCAUACGUCUCUGCUAACUGGGGUUUUGGCCCCAACGCAGAGGCGCGCUUCGAGGCGUUGCCUCGUCUUUGGCAGCGCGAGGUUCAGGCCGUGUCGAAUCUUGCACAGAGGAUGGACGAGGGCGAUGCGAUGUUCCAGCAGUUGAGGAACGGGCCGCUUCUGUAA